GCGGUGGUAACACCUUUUGCCAAGGUUGCGCGCGGAUGUUUAGUGACGUUCGCGACGAAGUACUUUGCGACGAAAAGUGUUUGGAGACAUGGCCGCGAUUCGGAGGUUCCUGUUGGUGGUUUUCUACGCGGCGACGGUGACGGUCGCGCAAGACUACGAGGUCACCGAGAUCCAAUGCACAUUCGCUUCCAAUACUCACGCCGCCAUCAAAGACACGAUCGUCGCCCGGCUGAGGAAACCGGAAGGUUUCAAGGGCCAUCCGUUGUUCGCGGACGACAGGGCCGUCGAUCCCGACUCCGAUCCGGUCUGUCAAAUUAGACAGGACGUCGCGGAUCCGAGCGGGCACAGGUACAACCUCAAGGUCACGGAUUUCGGCCGCUGCGGCGUCCUCAAACGGAACGGCUUCGUGCACGUCAGGGUGUGGUUCCCGCAAUUCCCGGGGGUGGUUAUGCAGUCCGAUCAAGAACUGAUCAUCAUGUGCAAGCCACCCGAACCGACCGUCAUCGAAAACAAAGCCGCCGGUUUCGCGGGAAGUUUCCCCCACGGCGCAAGGGUGUCCGGGGUGGUCGAGGAAACGCCCGGGCGUCUCGAGUAUGAGGUGGCUCUGUACAAAGAAGCCCCAGCUCGGAUCAGCAAUGUGACGGGGAGCAGCAGCGAGCUACCGGUAGACCAAGCGGUGCCCAUUGGUACCAAGCUGCAGUUGAGGGCGAGAAUCAGCCCCGACUCGGCGUGGAAGUACGUGAAGCUGAUGGAGGUGACCGUUUCCCCAGACCCAGAUGACCCCCAUAUGCACGGCAGUGUCGCUUUGGUAAAAGACGGGUGCAGGAACCGCGAUUUCGCGUCAAUAAUCCCGCACCAACCCGCGCGGUACAGAGAUCGCCACAACGAGGUGUUCCUAGACUUCGAGGCGUUCCUGCUGAGCACCAUGAAGGAACGGUCCACCCUAUGGAUCCACUCGCAGAUCAAAGCGUGUAUGGAGGCCGUCGACUGUCAACCAGACUUUUGUCUGGACCUAUACGAGCCUGCCGGUCACGGCAGGAGGCGGAGACGAGACGUGAUGAACGCGGAGAUCGUGGAGGUGACCGCCGCUCAGAAUAUGUCCAGCACUCAGUUCAAAAAAAUCGAAGGUAACCUGGAGUACACGGUGCUGAUGCCCGGAGAGUUUCUGGAACGCACCGCGGCCUUGGAAAGCAGUUGCGGCACAUUCUUGGUGAUCGCCGCCAUUUUGGGCUGUCUGCUGUUUAUGUCCGCGUUCAUCAUGUGCUGGCUGGCUAGCAAACUGCACUCGGCCAUCGUCGGGACGGCCGAGUCCCACAAGAACAUCGAGGAUCUGGUGCGGGAAGGCAGGCACUACGGCGACGCCUGUUAUACGGGCAGACCUACGACCCAGUAACGUCGUCUGAUUAUUUAUUUAUUUUUAUUUAUUGAUAGGUCUAUGUUGUACAUAUUAUUUAGGUAACGCGGUGGGACGGAAAUCGGGAAGAAAUUCUACAAAAAUGGCGCACGGUCGGGUUUUGUAACAUUUCUUCUUUCGCCUUUAGGCGUUGAUUCCGAAUUCGGGGGUUUUUAGUUGUUUUUUUUUUCAUUAUUUUUAUUUCUGGCGUCUAUUUAU